AGGCAGCACUGUUGACAACUGUUGACUUCCAACUUCACAGUUUUCCGGUGUAUUUUUUGUGGUGUGAAUGUGAAAUGAAAUUUCUUAUAUUAUUCCUAUUAUUAAUAUUUAUAACUUUCCAAACCCCAACAUGUAAAGCCAAGACGAACAAAAACAAUGUUAUCGAAAAUGUAGUUGAUAUAAAAGAGUUUAAAAAGCUAAUUCGAACGAAAACAAAUGUUCUUGUUUGCUUUUACAACUCCUACAAACAAUCUCAAAAUGUUAUUAAAGUGUUCAAGGAAGUUGCAGGAAACAUAAAAGGAAUAGGGACUAUGGUUCUUAUUGACUGCUCUGGAGAUGCAAAGAAAACUUGCAAAAAACUUAAAAUACCAAAUGAACCAUUUACCUUAAAACAUUACAAGGAUGGUGAAUUUAAUAAAGACUAUGAUAGAAAAUAUACCUCCAGUUCAAUGACUAAUUUCAUGAGGGAUCCUACUGGAGACCUACCUUGGGAAGAAUACAUAUCAGCCAACAACGUCCUACACAUUGCAGAUGCAACUAAUCUUUCAAAACUGAUUCGGAAAGAAAGUCGACCAUUAAUGAUCAUGUUCUAUGCCCCUUGGUGUGGAUAUUGUAAAACUUUAAAACCAGAAUAUUCACAGGCUGCAGAUGACUUAAAAGACAGUGCUGUUUUGGCUGCAAUUGAUGUUAAUCGGCCAGAAAACAGUGCUGUUAGAAUUCAGUACAAUAUUACUGGAUUUCCUACUAUACUUUAUUAUGAAAAUGGGGCUCAAAAAUUCGUUUACGAGGGGGAAAACAAACGCACUGCUUUGGUGGACUUUAUGAGAGAUCCUCGGCCAGCCACUCCAAAACCCAAAGAACCCGAAUGGUCGGAAACUGAAAGUGAAGUUUUGCACUUGGAUUCAACUUCAUUUGAUCGUGUUAUUGCUGAACAUAAAUCGGUUAUGGUGAUGUUUUACGCUCCUUGGUGUGGACACUGCAAGAGAAUGAAACCUGAGUAUGAAGAAGCAGCAGCAAGACUUAAAAAAGAGAAGAUUACUGGCGCUCUGGCGGCCUUGGACGCGACCAAAGAACCGUCGGUAGCCGGUCGGUUCUCCGUGCGCGGUUACCCGACGAUCUACUACUUCGCCGACGGCGAGAAAAAGUACGACUUGAACGUCCGCGACGCCGACAAAAUCGUCGACUUCAUGCGCGACCCCAAAGAGCCGCCGCCGCCGCCCCCGCCGGAAAAACCGUGGUCCGACGAGGCCAGCGACGUGGUGCACCUCAAGGAGGACACCUACAAGCCUUUCCUCAAGAAGAAGAAGCACGUGCUGGUCAUUUUCUAUGCACCAUGGUGUGGACAUUGUAAAAAAGCAAAACCUGAGUUUAAUAUGGCUGCCGCCGUUUUCAAAGACGACCACAAGGUGGCGUUCGCGGCGGUCGACUGUACCACCGAACAAGCGAUAUGUAGCGCCAAUGACGUCAAAGGGUAUCCUACGUUCAAAUAUUUCAAUUACUACAAGGAUUCGAGAUUGUACACUGGGGGAAGAACGGAACCUGAUUUUAUUUCCUUCAUGCAUGACCCUGAAAAGGUGACAGCACCAACACCAACUGGUGGGGGAGGCGAUUGGCAUAUGGGCUCUUCCAUUUUACAUCUUAAUGAUAAAAACUUUAAGGCGGAAUUGGCAAAGAACAAAAUUGUUUUGGUCAUGUUCUAUGCUCCAUGGUGUGGGCACUGUAAGAGACUUAAACCCGACUACACGUCAGCUGCGAAAGACUUGGAAAACGAAGGUUUUUCGCAGUGCAUGGCCGCCAUCGAUUGCACCGCCAAUCCGGAAGUGGCCGAGCAGUACCGUAUCGACGGAUUUCCGACGAUAAAGUUGUUCAAAAACGGCCGUUUCGUGAAAGAUUACAACGGUAAACGGACGCUCGCUGAUCUUAAAGCUUUCGUGAAAGCUCACGCUCAAAAAGACGAACUGUAAUCUCCGCAAUACGAUACUCAAGCGACCUAAAUGUGAUUAACAUUACUCGAUUUUUUAUAUGCAUGUACAAUUAAUUUAUUACCUCAUUAAACUCCAAUACUUUUUUGUUAUAUUCAUUGGAAGAUAUAUUAAUUUAAGUAUUAUAUUUUUUAAUUAAUAUUGAUUUAAAAACUUUUUGUACUAUAUUUUAUGAGAUUUUAUUAAAAAAAUAACAAUUAUUC